AUGUCCGAACCCACUGAGACAGGAGGCCUCCCAUUGGACUUGAGGACCCACCAGCAACAGCAACCUACAGGCAGCAUUAUUCAUCAACCAACACCACCCAGUGUCGAAUAUUGCAAGACAACACAGUCACCUAACAACAACGCACCCAAGGGAUCCAAGGCUCCUAGCCCUCGUCGUCGUCCUGGAACCAUUAAACAAGCGCCAUCCGGCCCCCACACCGGCUCCUCCCGCUCUGAGCGACAUCCAGCCCUAAGCCCUACAGACAUGUCAUCUCAAAGCUCAUCAAUCCACUACACGCGGACUGGCCGCAUCAGCAAAGCAAAGAAAGGGUUGAAAGUGCACAACUGCGAGAACUGCGGAAGAUCUUAUACUCGGGCCGAGCACCUAAGACGGCAUCAGAAAAAUCAUGCCCAGGAAGAUGCGCUUGUAUGCCAAGUGCCUGGAUGUGGCAAGACCUUCUUUCGGAUUGAUCUUCUUCAUAGGCAUCAAGAGCGACACAACGAACCUGGACGAGACUCUUCUCAGCAGAGUCCCGAAGGCUCGCCAGAGCCAGCGCCUAUCUCCAUGCCUAUCUCUAUGACCGCUCUUGAGUCGCCCAUGAUGGAAGUGACAACAAACCCCCCAACCACUUCCUAUUAUCAGCCCGUAUCUCCCAUGCUGGAGACGGCGCCAUUCACAAGUCAACUCAAACAUCCUCGUUCGCAAUAUAACCAACCAUCCGCAGCUGUGUCUGUACAAAUGGAUGGUAUGACACCAGGUCUAUGGCACGAACCGUACAGUCCUACCCCUGGGUGCUCCUCUUCAAGUGGGUACGCAUCGCCGAUCGCAUCGACCGACUUCCAUACGUUCGGCAGUGCGCCUUACCAUCGAGCGCGUACACCUUCGAACGCGUCCAUCAUUGAUCCGUCAUGGUCGUACCAAUCACGCUCACCAGCGUCUACCACCUCGACCAUGGCAUUUACGUGGGGUUCGAAUGAUAAGGGAUCGACUGCUCCGAACCUCGCCUACAUGAACGCAUGUUCCUACCCGAUGACAACCAUGUCCAUUCCCACAAGUAUGGAUGCAAUGGCUGGAUAUGGACACUUUGGUCCGAGAACAAUGACGCAGAGAGAUGAAGAGGAGGGGGUGAUCCUCUUUGGAGACGAACAAUAUGGUAUGGCUUCGAUCGCACACACCCAUCCGUUUGAGCAAUAUCUUGACUAUUACUGGAGGCUCUUUCAUCCCACUUUCCCCAUUAUCCAUCGACCUACCUCUUUGAGUCCUUCGCCGAUGCUGCGCGCAGCCAUGAUCGCCAUAGGCAGCCAGUACUCGACCGAUGUCGGCGACAAGAAAAGGGGUCGAGAACUCCACGACCGAUGUAUGAAAUUGCUUGAACGGAGAGAUCACGAAGCUUUGACAGAACCGGAGCGAUUAUGCGAUUUCCAGACGAUGUUCCUUAUUGAGGUACUAUCUCAGUACCGCGCUCGACGGGCUGCUAAGGUUUUGUCGUCUCGCUUCGACAAGGUGUACCAUAAGACUAUUGAAGAUUGCAGGAGCAUGACUUCAAAGAUGGCGGAUUUGGUUGCAAGCCUUUCUCAACUUAAUCAUGCCACUCCAGAUCACUGGGCUCACUGGGUCGAGCUGGCCACCUGGCAACGCUUGCUCCUGUCCUGUUACGUUCUCGAGUCACAGCAGCGUCUCCUGCUCGCUCGUGAAUCCUUGCCUUCUCUAAUCCACGACAGUCAAUUCGACAUUCCCUUUCCCGCACACAGUUCUCUUUGGGAUGCGACGAGUGCAACCGAAUGGACUAUAGCUACCCAGCAGCACUCCUACGCACCAUCAUACGUUUACGAAAUUAUUCCCGGCUCUCUAUCAAUUCCUCUCGAUACUUUCCAAUCAUCUGUCAUACUCGCCGUGCACUACAAUCUCCACGAAAGUCCGACACCAUACAUCUCCUCCCCGACAUCACCGAAUCUUGAAUCUCUUCUCGAUGCAGCGCCUGCCACGACACGAAUGCUACUCGUAGCAAAGCUGGUUCAAGUGACCCCUAUCCGCGCGCUGCUAGCCAUUGCAGGCGAGUCAUGGAUCUUAUCGGAGAAGGUCGCAACCCCACAAGUUUUUGCAGCAUUGAAGACUACGCUCCGCACGUGGGUUGCGCAGCUGUGGUCUACUAGCGAUUCCGAGUUUGUACCAGUCAAGGAAGCACUAAAACUCUCAAUCAAGAUCCUUCAACAAGCUGUUGAGGAGCAACGAGAUUCCGUGCCCCUGGAGAUGGGCACAGACAUGGGUAUCUUCUUUGCCGCCCUAGUUCUAUGGGCCAUUACUGUUGCCGCGACCACGCGAACAAAAGGAUCACACCAGACGAUCAAACAGCAGAAUCGACGGCAAAGCCAUUCUGAGUCACCACCGCUCGUCAACUCAGCCUGGGCCCCUGCGACCCCCUCAGCACAGCCCAUUGGCCAUUCCUCAUCGUCAUCAGUUCAACACACACUAGCAUCUUCCAACAGCCAGCCGCAAUCACCAAUCAUCGCAGCUAAAUCCAAGAACCCUCUACUGUCGCAUGCACAGAUCAUCAUUAACACCAUCUCCUUCCUUGCCGAUGCCCUCGCCAUGUCCGAUAACACUGUUUCCGUGUGGCGGUCUCCCGCAGACCAUGCACGUCACCAAGCAGGCUGUAUAAGCCUACUUCUCUGGGUCAAACUGCGACUCCGUGGCGCCCCACUUGAAGACCGGAGCGGAGCCUCCGACACCUGGGUCAGCAAGCCUGGCGACUGGCUUGGUGAGCUUCUGGAAGGGGUUAUCGGAUCUAUCGAGCGCAUUCUGAAGAGAGGCUGGGGCGAUUGGGGUAUUUGA